AGAUGCAAUAAGGUGGAGAAAUAUACACAUGUUGCUGCAUUAAUUAAUUAAGAUAAUCCUUAAUACAAGCUCUUACCUCCACUUAACCUAUGAAUGUGUUUUAAGAUCUGGGUGUUGCUGUGGUGGUUGUUUUAUUAUAUUCGGCAGCAAUAUGGAGCUCUCAGUUUGUGCCUGUUUCUUUUGAAAAUUAUGGCAAGGAACUUUUUAGGAGCAGAUAGGAUGAAAAGUUUUCACAAUAUUAAGGAUUUAUCGCAGUGUGGCAUUAUAUACACCAGCACUGUGGAAUGUAUUGCGGGUGCCUAGAGAUCCUGCACUUAGAAUCUUUUUCUCAUAAUGAAAUUUUCUAUAGGACAUAAUCAUCAUCAUUAUUAUUCAUCUUUGAACUCGAGAGAAAAAAGUGAAAUGUUAUGAUGACAUUUAGCUAGCAUGAUUGAUACUAACCUAACUAAAAGAGAGAAAUGUAUCACUUCAGGCCUUACACAAAAAAGCUAUUUUCUUGAGGGAGAAUAGCUCAUUGAUGUGGCCAACAACUGCAGAAUUUGUUCUUGCCCCAUUGCCAACAAGCAAGCUAAUGAAUGAAGGAAUUGAGAAUAAAUAACCAGUAUUACAGAAGCUGUGAAAUGUGUCAGUGUCUAAUAUUAACAUAUUUGAAUAGCUUUCAGGUUUUAUACAUGGUCCAUCUCACUUUGUCACUUAGCUUUUAACAAAACCCUUGUGUUUACUAACACAAUUCUUUUAAUUUUAGUCACAGGUCAUCUCUAUAUCUUCAAAUUAUUAUAUUUCUUGAUAAAUUGUGCUAAAGAUUUAUAAAUAAUUCCAUUCUGCAAAAAUACAAAAGCUUGCUUGAAAUUCUGCUGGGCUUCCUACACAUGACCUUUAAAUAUAUUUUCUUCUUGGGGCAGAACAGAAUCUUGCUGGUAAUUCCAAGGAAGACCUCCCCUUAGUGUGUGUACAUCUGCCAGUAAAAACUAACAGUUAAGUUUUGAAACUUUCCAUCUAAGUAUGUACAGUAAUUACCAUUGGACAGACUAUACAGCUGUUUAAAAUAAUUACAGAUCAUUAAGAGUCCAUUAAAUUCAGAAAGUAAGAUAUAAAUAUAAAUUCAUUUUAUUUGGGAUUUAAUGAAGUACUUUCCCAGGUCACACAGAGAAUAUCCAGUUAUUUCCAUUCUUUCAUGCAGUUGUGCAAGAUUUGAAUCUGUGAGAAAAAUCUCAAAAGUUGCUAAAAAUAUUUUUAUCAGAAAUUUUAAAGAUUAAAAUUUAAGUAAGUGCAUUCUCAAAUUUGUUUAUGGACUGGUUUACAUGAAUUGACUCUAAAAUCAUGUUCAAAUGAGCUUGAAAUCUGGCCAAGGUUUCAAGGAAAUUGAAAUUGAAGCUGGGAAACCUCAGGAUAUAGGGUGUAUUUUUAGCUUGUUUCCUCAGACAGUAAUUUACAAGACAAAAGGUUAUAUCAUUUUUACAAUAUAUACAAGACUUUUAUUCUUUGUAAGUAAUUGGAGUUAUGCUCCUCACUAGACUGAAUUCAGACCUUGUCAAAUUUAUUCCCAGUUAAAUUGAUGGAACAAUUCCAUUCAUUCAUAUGAAUCAACCCCAGCCUGUAACACUAAGCAUUUGGGAUAAUAGCAGCAUAAGGGGAAAACUUAAAUGCAACAUGAUAGAUACCAAGCUAUAUCCAAAGGCAACUUCCUCCUUUAACCUUGGCAGAAGUUUAGUUUAUUUGUUUUUGUUUGUUUUAGUUAUAUUAAUCUGCUAGUAUAAUGGGAGUGGUCUUUCUAUGUUGAAAGCUUUUGUCAGAACCCAUAUCUAUCAUAUUUCAUACUUCCUUGUCUCUCCUUCUCUCGCUUCCCGAUUCCAUUCUCUUCUCUCCCUGGGUUCUGCCAUAUUCCUAGAGGGGAGGGAGGACAGAGCGUGGAUUUCUUGCCUUAGUUUCCUUUUUUGCUACCUGUAAAGGAAUCCCUCAGAUCCUGUCUAGUAUGCCUGCCAUCAGCUUCUCCUAAUAAAAGUUUCUUUUGGAAGAACUUGCUUCUCUGAGUUCUGCUUUCUUGGCAUGAAGUGUUGAGGUGGGUCCUGACAACUUUCUUUACAAUCACUAUGCAAUACAAACUUUGGUUAUGCUUACAGAACAUGGAUAUUGAAUUAACCAGUUUUUCUGGAUUUGCAGAAUACAUUAGACCAUAAAACAACUCAAUAAUCUUACAGAAUACUAAACCACAAAAAUCUAACCAGGUUUUAAACCAACCACACUUAAGUGUGAAUGUAAUUAUUAACUGACCUGGUCAAGUAUGAACUUUAAUACAAUAUACAAGAUUAUUUGAGAGAAGCAUAUAGUGCUCAUAAACUACCUUUUCACAAAUUCCCACAUAAGGGGAUAAUAUUAUUCAUAUAUAUUAUGGAGAGAGGCUACAUGUUUUUCCUUAGCUGUUUGUUAGUUUUGGAAUACCACUCUAAAGAGCCCUUUGAGUAUGGGGUACAGAGAUGGCAGAAAAUAUAUUCUAGGAUAACAUAUUGUGCAGGACAUCCUGGUUAUAAUAUGCGUUAUCUGGGUUUGCCUAGAAAUGUUUUGGGAGGCUCACUGAGCAGUCAGUAGGCAGAUAUUUUGAAAUAUAAAAUGGGUUUUCCUUUGACUUCUAAAUCAUUUUCCUGUCUUCUGUAUCUUGGCUUUGGGCUGUUCUCAAGUCCUUCUGGCAAUAUUUAUGGUGUUCUACAGGCCAUGUUCUGCUUAUUGAAACUCCCACUGAAGUCAAAAAGUCAAAUGGAAUAAAAGGAAUAAAAGUCUUGGACCUUGUAGGGUAAAACCUAUGAGGCUUCUCCCUUUAACUGGCGGGUAGAGUCAACAUAGAUUAAUGCAACAAUUUUGGAGAGUGAGGAAGAACCAGCCUUCUGAAAUCUGAUUUGAUGCAUAUCUUUGUAUACUCUUGUCUCUCCACCUCCUUUUGAAAUGUCAGUGUAGAUUCCCCCCCCCCCCAUUUGGCUGCUUCCAUAAUGGUCUGAAUUGCAAAGGAAGAACAAACUAAAGGCUAUCAACUCCAUGGUGCAUUAUCAGAAUUUUCUUUAAUCUCUCUCUUCUCUCUCCUUUUUUUUUCUCUCCUCUCUUUGUCUCUUUCACAUACAUACAUACAUAUACACAAACAUUUUUAAGAAAAAAUUUUUUGUCACAAAUUGUGGUGAUAUGAAUGAAAAAGACCAGCAAUCUCAUCUCAUUUAUUUGCAUCACUGAAGAUCAGCAUGCGAUGAAUCAAAUGCCGCUACAUUCAAUCUACAAAAUUAUGAUGAACUCAUUAUUCUAUUGAUUAGACUGGGAUCCCCAAAUUGAGUUAAUUGCAGCCAAUUUCUUGGUUUUGAUUUGGUUUGGAGGGUUGUUUUUUUUUUUGAGCAGAAGAAAGACAUGACAAUGGUUUCCUUCUCAAAUGUAAAGAAUGCUUCCAAGAAUCAGAUUUUUGAAAACGAUGUUAAUUUGACUGAGAUGACUACAUUUUACCAGCCUGGAUGGCAAAUUGUGCUUUGGGCCAUUGCCUACUUAUUGAUAAUCACAGCAUCGAUUGUGGGGAAUGCCACCAUCAUUUGGAUUAUCCUGUCCCAUCGACGAAUGAGAACAGUCACCAACUAUUUUAUUGUGAACUUGGCUCUUUCCGAUCUGCUUAUGAGUGCUCUAAACGCAGUUUUUAAUUUUAUUUAUGCCUGGCAUAAUAUCUGGUAUUUCGGCGAGGGAUUCUGCCGCUUUCAUAAUUUUGUUCCCAUUCCUGCAAUGUUUGUCAGCAUUUAUUCUAUGACUGCUAUCUCUGCAGAGAAGUAUGUGGCAAUCGUUUUCUUUCAAGCAAAACUUUCUUCAGCAAACACAAAAGGGAUCAUCGGAAUAAUCUGGCUGGUGGCUUGUGCACUAGCUUUUCCACAGUUCUUUUAUGCAAAAGUCAUCACUGAUCAUGGACUAACCAAAUGUGCUGUGAGCUGGCCACACAAUCACAGCCAAAGACAGCAGUUCACGUAUCACAUAGCAGUCAUUCUCUUGGUUUAUGUGCUGCCUCUCACUGUGAUGUUUGUCACAUACAGUGCAAUAGGAAUAAUUCUCUGGCAUAAUGAUGUUCCUGGAGAUCAUACUAACAUGGUGUACUAUCAACAUAAGAUUAUGGCCAAGAAAAAGCUGCUGAAGCUGCUGCCAUCGUUCAGCAAUGUCCAACCUGUAGCAAUCCCUCCCCCUACUUCAAGACCUCCAGUUUACUAUCGACGGCUUCCAGACCCCACGUGGAAAGGUCCUGCAGAGCUUAUUACCUGGGGGAGAGGCUACGCUGCGGUAGAUGAUCAUGGCAAAAUCAUUUGGACUCCAGCUCGCUGUGUUCGCCCUUAUUUGGUUCAAUCUCCACCAUCCUAACCAGACAUCAGAAGACCAUGGACCCUGGGCCCACAACUCUUUUAUGAAAGAUGUGCAGAAUAUUUCUCGUCUUUUGAACAAGACUGAGUGUUGGAUGUGCAUGCAUAUUCCAACCCUGGAGGAGGGGGGACUUUUUAUGCAUGCGGUGCCUUUUAAUACAACUGGUUGGAAACAAUUUCCCUGGUCUAGAGGGACCCUUUCCAAUGCUAUGGUGAAUUAUACGGUAUACACAAUAGGAAGCAGAAUCCAGGAAAAGGCAGCGUUUUGUUGGGAAUAUAAGAACACCGCUAAAACUCUGUUUUGGUAGGCAGAUACCCAUAUUGUGACAUCACAUUUCAACUUUCAAACAACAUGACUAGACCACAUCCCUUUAAGAAAAUUCCUCUUUUUGAAUCCCUUGAUGAUUUUUCUGAAUAUAUGUGUACCUAUCAAAUAACCGGAUGCUCGCUAUCAACAGGACGUCACCCCGGCAACACAGACACGAUGUCCACACUCUUCCUUUGCAGUAUUGUAAGAGCCAUGGUUCGCCAAACUGUGCAAAGCUCCAGCAUGACUACAAAUAUAUUAAGUAACGUCUGGAUGCUUUGUGGCCGGCGGGCAUAUCAACGUAUACCUCCACGGUGGUCCGGCCGUUGUACGUUGGGCUUUCUUGCUCCCUCAGUUUUUGUGUCAGAUCAGCCACCUUCAGCCGUUUGCACAAUCGAAGAGAUCUAGAAAAUGGCCUGGGAGGACCCGGCAGUACAGGAACACAAGUUGCACGAUCUAUAUUUCCAUCUCUGGGGGUAGCCAUGAAUUACAGAGACAUCUAUGCAUUAAAUAACUGGACUAGGCACAUGUUCAACGCUACCAUUCAGACUACCAAAUUGUUAAACAAGGAAGUGGCAGAAAUACGAGAGAUUGUUCUGCAAAAUCGUUAUGCUUUAGACAUUAUCCUUGCCUCGAAAGGAGGAGUAUGUGCCUUAAUCCAUUCUCAUUGUUGUGUUUAUAUCUCUGAUUAUAAAGCCAAUGUCACAGGUACCAUUGAGCAUAUGGAAGACAUGGUUCGUCAUAAUCCGUUACAAUCCAACGGAUCUGGUGCAAUAAACAUUUGGGAUGCCCUAUGGUCUUGGCUACCCGACGGAACCUGGCUGCGAUCAUUGGUUUCUGGUAUUAUAACUAUUGUGGUUAUUUUAGUUUUGAUAUGUUGUUGUAUUCAAUGUUUGCCCUCUUUGUUUAUGAUGUUUAAAAAUUUUUCCCUCAGGAACUGUCACCCAUCAACAGAUCAAUUUAGUAACUACACCUAUCACUGCAGUUCAGCUACCCUUGCUAACCAAACCGGCCUUCACCUUGCCAAGCGACACUGAGGAUGACUUCGUAUAAAGCGCUCCCUCCUUAUUUUUAAAUAAAACAGAAAAGGAGGAGAUGUUGGAGUUAUUGGAUUAUUUGGCCUGCUAGGUUGAGUCAUCAGCUGCAGUAGGCCAAGGUAUAAGGAAGUCGGAAGUAAAAAAGGUUGGGAGAAUACCAAGAAGUGCCGUGCGGUGCAAAGGAAGGUGUUUGGUGCUUUGUUGGUGCCGGGUGUAA